CUCAGCUGGGAUAGUGCGACACUGGCGAUGGUAGAAUCUAGACAUGCUGCUCACGUAGGUGAAUCUGAUAUGGAGAAAAACUGUCUGUUUCACUGACCGGUGACAGGAUUUAAUUAUGCUUUAAUGUGUUAGACUACUCUAUUAUGGAAGAUGGACAAACAGUGGAUAUUACUCUGUUUGAUGAUCUGCACGCCUCUGUCAGCUGGUUUGGACCCCCACUCGCUCGAGUUCCAGUAUGUGGUGUACUGGGACCGCACGGACCAGCUGCUGUUCCGCCAGACCACUCUGUUGGACGGAGAGGUGGUGUUCCGCUGCGAGAGUCCCGCACUGCGGGACGAGCCCGGGCCGGACUGGGUCGCUCAGACGCUCAGCUCCACUGACCUCACGGAGAGAGACACCUACUGUAAGGACCAGUACUACGAACACAUGGACAUGUGGCGAGAGAUCAACGACAUGAUCACACAAACAGCCGAUAUUCUUCAAAGAAGCCGUGGCUGUACAAUCAACAGCUCAGGAGUGUUUCCCUUUGAUAAAUGGGUUGUGAAUGGUAAGGACUUUCUGACCUUUGCCCCCCGGACUCUUAAAUGGACGGCCCUGUCCUUCCUGGCCAAGCCUGUGGCGGAGGAGUGGAACCGCAAGAGUUUCAGGAAUCACAUAUACGGCGAGUUUGGGCAGAAGGAGUGUGUGAAGACCCACAACAUGUUGACACAAAGGAGAGAUGCGUGGAUCCACCAAAGAGACAGAAAAAAUAUGAAGGUUUGUGUAUUUGCCAAAUCCAUCACAGGAAGUAUACGCACAGCUUUACUGUGUCAGGUGACAGAUAGGGACCUAUCAGGACUCAGGAUUCAGCUCACAGAGGAUGGCUUGCCUCUAGAGUGUGGGCUACAGCUGACUGGACCACUUCCUCAUGGAGAUGGAACAUUCCAAAUUCAACUCCAGGUUGAAGCCAUUGUGAACAGGACAAAACCAUAUCGGUGUGAAAUCAAAAGUGGCGCUGUUAACAUCUCUGUCCCAUGGGAUGGGCAUCUACUCCAGGAUCAGGCUUCCAUCUCACCUGUUAUACUUGCUGUCGUUUGUGGGAGUUGCUUUCUUCUUUUCAUUAUUAGUCUAUGCUACAUUCAGCUCCAUUGGAAGGGUAAUGCAGGCUUCAAGAAAGUCACUUUAACUGAUGACAGCCAUUCAGCGUCGUCAUCAGAUAGCUCAAGCUUGAGUUGUUAAGUCUGUUGCAAGCAUGCCAUGUGAAAGACCAUGUAAAACCAUACGGGUGGACAACAUGAAAUAAGGACUGGGACCGUUGAGAGGGACAGCUGUGGACUAGCAGUGUGUCGGCCACUGAUGACAUCCUUAUGAGAAGUCCCACUAACUCCAGAGUUGUUCUGACUGAGUGACUGAAUACAGCUGCACAGCAGUAGGGUCUGUUGUCUCCUUAGUCUGUUUUUAGCUAUUAGGUUACAAUAAUCUGGAGACAUCCGUCGUUUAAGGGACAUCUUGUGAAGUGAAGAGGUCUGUUACACGCAGUGGAUAGAUUAACGUGGGCACACAAUGCACCUAUCUGAGUACUUUUUAAGAAAACUCUCUGCUGCCCCUCUGUGGCUGUCAAGGGUACUGCAGAGGGCAAGUUGCUUUGGAUGCAUAGGUCUAUUCAAAGGGUAAAUUAUACCACAUGGAUAUUCUAUUUGAAAAGUCAUUAAACAUCAAAUUGACAGUGAUCCUACAUUUGGUCAAACCUGUCGAUGGUAAUUGGUUUUCAGGCAGCUGAUUGCAUUUGACUUUCGUUGAAAUUUCAUAGGAUACAAUGGUACAAGCGAUUGCAGCUUACCGAAGUAAACUUUCCUUCAAUUCAGUGUUAGCAACCUUUUAUAAAAGUCUUAAAUGAAUGUGAGUGUAAAUGUCAAUAAAGAUCUGUUUCUAGACAGACAACA